GUGUGUCAUCCAGCGAGGCACCCAGGAGGGAGACGCCCGUCAGGAUGGUGGCUGAAGGCUUCUGGAGGGCCCCCCCAACAAGGAAAUGCAGCUGUACUGUAACUGAGCUGCUCACUGCUCGUGAUUGAAUAGACUAAGUACUUACUGGACUUCCUCCUAUGACUCAGGCGAUAAGCGAGACUCACAGGCUUUCAGUGCGAGCAGUGCAGUUCACUCGCGCUUAGAGUGAUCCUUCAGGCAGCUCCACGCUCCAGCCGUCAGCUCCCCGGUCGUAAGUAGGAGAGGUUCGUGUCCACCGAUCGCCAGCAAAGGUCACACUGCCGUUUGCCAUCUGCGGGGGCUUGUCCUGUAACUUUUAGGGUGUAGCACUUUGUGUCUCUGCAAGGCCAACCACCACCUGCAUAGCCCGGCCCCCUCCACAGCGUCAACUUUUCCAAAGCCGGCUGUUGCCGUGGAAACUCGCGCACGUGGACAAGAUAGAAAAGGGCAGCGAGGCGGGUCCUCUGGUGACAGAAGGAGCUUAGGAGGCGAGGGAGGCGCAGCUGAAGAGGCAGAGCCAUGGACAGACAGCAGAGUAACGUGGAGCGCUUUCUCAAACUCGGCUACGCCUACGGGGACAUCCUGCGUGUGCUGGAGAACAUGCACCACGACGCCCAGACCAAUGACAUCCUGGAGGAGCUGCUGAAGACCAGCCGCUCCGCCAACCCCUCGCCCCCUGGCUCCCGCACCAGCAGUCCCCAGCUGGUACCCAGGGGGUGCGGCUCCCCUCAGCCGCACCAGGAGGACACGGGCGGUAGCGCCGGUCUCCGGCCCAUCGUCAUCGACGGCAGCAAUGUGGCCAUGAGCCAUGGAAACAAGCAGGUGUUCUCUUGCCGCGGGCUGCAGUUAGCAGUGAAGUGGUUCUGGGACAGGGGUCACCGAGACAUCACCGUCUUCGUGCCCCUGUGGAGGAAGGAGACGCCCAAGCCAGACACUCCCAUCACAGACCAACACAUCCUCUACGAGCUGGAACAGAGAAAUAUCCUGGUUUUCACACCAUCGCGCUGCAUCAAUGGUAAGCGGGUGGUCUGCUACGACGACCGCUACAUCGUCAGGCUGGCCUUCGACUGCGGCGGCGUCAUCGUGUCCAAUGACAACUACCGCGACCUGCAGACCGAGAAGCCACAGUGGAAGAAGUUCAUCGAGGAGAGGCUGCUGAUGUACACCUUCGCUAACAACAUGUUUAUGCCUCCCGACGAUCCUUUGGGAAGGAACGGACCGACAUUAGACAACUUCCUGAGAAAGACUCCAGGGCCCCCCGAGGGCAAACGGGUGCACUGCCCCUACGGUAAAAAGUGCACGUACGGCGUUAAAUGUAAAUAUUACCACCCGGAGCGCUCAAACCAGUCUCAGCUAUCGGUUGCCGACGAGCUCCGGGCAAAAACUAAACCAGUUCUGGAGCUGGACCAGCCUGGUAACACACGACCCUGCUCCCCUGGUCAGACAGUCCCCUCAGACGGACUCUCCCUCAGAACCUCCUUAUCAGACUAUGGACACAACGGCCAUUUUUACAUCAGCCCCCCACCCACUAAAGCUCCAAGUUGCCAGGAGGACCAUCCCUGCCGACUCUCUCCCUCCACGCAGCUGGACAGCCGGAGGGAUUCGAGCAGCCCAGUCCACUCACGAAGGUCGCCCACCUGCCAGAGCCUUGAGAGCGACGAAGCUUUCGGCUCUCUGGAGUCGUCGGUGUCUCACCUGUACGUGCAAGAGCCGGAGAGUCAGGAGCUCCCCCAACUGUGCUGCCGGGGCCCCGGGAGCCCACAGCAGAGCCAGUGCAGCACCAAACACUGCUGCAGCUCGCAGAGACAGUGCAGGGACAGCCACCUGCCAGAGGGCUAUUACCACGGGUCUGCUCGCUGGCUGCAGGCCGGCCAUAACCACAAUGCAUUCAGGCACCAUCAGCAUGCCCACGGGCAUUGCCCCUCGUAUGGGGAGCCAGCUCGCUACACGGCACGCCGUUACGCCCAGCCGCACGCCCCCUGGGGGGCUUUUUCCCUGGAUCCCAGUGCACACACCAACAGCGAGCAGAGGAGGAGUAUGAGAACUCAGCUUGGUAGCAUGUUCCCCCAAAGCACUGUGAACAUGUCCGAACUCGUUCCACUGAUCCACCGGCUUUGAAGCAGCCGGUGGAACAGCCGCUUCUAGCCUUUCCCCUAUUUUUAUGUAGUAUUAUUCUUAAAUAAAAACGCUGCUUUGCU